AUGGAGCACGCAGACUCACGACAGUUGUUCAACACUUCUUGGACCAUUCACCGUCUAUCCCCUCUGCAUCAUGGAAAGGACUGUGAAACACUCCUAGACAACCAAGUUGCCUUGAAAACAUAUGCAACGCGUCUACGCGACCAUCUCACAGGCGAUAUCAUCGCUGGUACUCAUACAAGCAUCAGUGCAGCAGAUGACGAUGCGCUCUCAAAGACAGGCGCUCUAAAAGAUUGUCUAUGGCGUUCAAUCUCCCCUCAAUCAUUGCGCGACGAAGCGCCAAGCAGCUCCCAGAAUACAAAAUUUCCUGGAAUCCUUGUAACGCUAGAAUACGAAAAUAUAGUCUACAAAGCAGCUUUGCUCGCAGACACAGAAUCAUCCCCAAAUCAGCGCACGGGGUCCACAUCUCUCCCUCUUCUUCUAACCAGAUUUCCAACUGCGCUCCGGCAAACAUUCCUCACCUUCCUAUCUACCAAUUUUGACACUUACUGCUCGCCUCUCCGGCUGCCGUCGAGCUUUCUUUGUGCUGGUCUAGAGACAUAUGUUGAUACCCUGCGCACUCAACAGCCAGGUACAAGUGACACAGUCGAAAAUGUUAUCAAAGAGUUACAGCUCACACUCUCCUUUUCACCAUCGAUCGCACCAGCGCUGAGAUCUCUCAAUGUUAGCGUCACACGUGCUUCACUAACGGACUUCCUGCGCGAUCACCCUCGACAGUCGGGGCCGAAGUCGCGCAGUCUUCAGCAUAAACUGCGGAGCCCUUUCAUCGCCAAUCUUACUUCAUACCUGGAGACGCAUCUUGCCAUGAAGCUGGAUUUGGAUGGGUCAUCUUCAAACGAGCCUGCUAGGCAGCAUGUGAGACUGUCGAAGAUUGCCUGUGCUGCUUUUGUUUUGGGUAGUGAAGGACGCGUGAAGCUGGUUGUGGCUGAUGAUGGGGACGAGGGCUCCCGAGUUCGAGGCGACCAGAAUGAACUUGCUUUGGAGGCUGGGGAAUCGCUUCUACGGUCCGUGAUACGAAAGGCUAUUAUCGGGGAUCAUUCGGCUACGUGA